AUGGGCUGUAGGAUGGGGGAUUUCAACAGGAGUGCACCCAGGAUCAUUGAGGCAGUGUGUAUUAGUUGGUUCACGGUGGAGUGCAUUGUGCGUUUCCUGGUGUCUCGGGAUAAAUGUGAGUUUGUCCGUCGUCCUCUGAACGUCAUCGACCUGCUGGCCAUCACGCCGUACUACGUCUCUGUUGCCGUGACGAUGCUGACGGGGGAGAACUCCACACUGCAGCGGGCCGGCGUCACGCUGCGCGUCCUGCGCAUCAUGCGGAUCUUCUGGCUCAUCAAGCUGGCGCGUCACUUCGUGGGUCUGCAGACGCUCGGCCUGACGCUGCGGCGCUGCCACCGCCAAAUGGUGACAUUGCUUGUCUUUAUUGGCGUCGCCAUGGCAAUCUUCAGCGCGCUGGCCCAGCUGCUGGAGCACGGCCUAGACCCCAAAGCCGGGAACCAAGACUACGCCAGCAUCCCCGCCGCCUGCUGGUGGGUCAUCAUCUCCAUGACAACGGUGGGAUAUGGGGACAUGUUCCCGGUGACGGUGGCGGGCCGCGUGCUGGGCGGCGUCUGCGUGGUGAGUGGCAUUGUUCUGCUGGCGAUGCCGAUCACCUUCAUCUACCACAGCUUCAUCCAGAUCUACGGCGAGCUCACCCUGCGUGCCGCACGCCGCCGCCGGACCGCUGCCGAGUUCACCGACUGACCAACAAUUUCACCGACUGACCCACGGCUGCCAACUGACCCACGGCUGCCGAGUUACCCAACUGACCCACGGCUGCCGAGUUACCCAACUGACCCACGGCUGCCGAGUUACCCGACUGACCCACGGCUGCCGAGUUACCCAACUGACCCACGGCUGCCGAGUUCACCGACUGACCCAUGGCUGCCGAGUUCACCGACUGACCCACGGCUGCCGAGUUCACCGACUGACCCACGGCUGCCGAGUUCACCAACUGAGAUCUGCUGAUUAUAAGAUCUAAUCUCUAUGGUCACAAAUACUCUUACAUCAAAGCUUCCAGGAACCUUCUGAUUUCCUCCUUCCUUCUUUUCUC